AUGACUUCGCCAUUCAACCAACAGACUGUAAAAGUACCAAGUGCGGAGCCCAACGUCUUUCUUGACGUUUGGCUGUACACGCCUCCAGGUGAUGGACCUUUCCCUGUCAUAGUGGCCGGUCACGGAUUCACUCUAUGCAAAGAAGCGGGGAUGGCUGUCUUUGGCGAGCGCUGGGCAAGUGAAGCCGGUUGGGCUUCCCUGAUACUAGACUACCGCGGCUUUGGGGACUCGGAUGGUCAGCGAAAUCUCGUCAUCUGGAAAAACCAAGUCCAGGAUUACCUGACUGUCAUUUCUUGGGCGAGAUCUGGCAAAAACCAAACUAGAUUCCUCCAGGAUAAGAUUGUGGUUAUGGGUAGCGCAUUGAGUGGCCUCUCAGUGACUGACAUUAUCACUCGAGAUGAUGUAGAAGGCAUAGCAGGGGGCAUGGCACAUUGCCCGUUAUUGGAUGCCAAGGCCGUCUUGAAUUCCAUGGCUCCUAAUCCCAGACUUCUGUUCUGGGCAGCUAUUGAUUGGAUCGGGAGUAAACUACGACUUCCGCCCGUCUUUGUGCCCGCGAUAGGACAUCCAGACGAAUUUGCCUUUUUGAAUACACCAAGUUGCCUUCCAGGUUUCACGGCAAUGUAUUCGAAAGCCUCGAAGACAUUCAUGCACAUGCCCAACGUAACAUGUACUCGUCUAACGUUUGAGUUGUUCACUGUUAGGCCAGGACUAAGGCUCAAAGAUUCAAAAUGUCCCAUGCUAGUUGUCAUGGCUCAGGAAGAUGAUAUGAUUUCACCCGAAAUUACUCAAAACAUCGUCGAGAAGGCCCUUGGAAAAGUCGAAUUGGUUUCCGCUAUUGGGGGCCAUUUUGACGUUAUGGAAGGGGGAAAGGGAUAUGAGACGAAUAUAAAUGCCCAGAUGGCGUUCCUCAAGAAAUUGAUGAAAUGA